AUGGUAGCAAAUUUAGGUGAAGAUGAGCAGACCCAGAAAGGGAAAGAGGUUGGAGACCAACAAAAAGAACAAGCUGAGGUAGAGGCUACUAAAGAAGAUGAUCAUGAAGAAGAAGAAGAAGAAGAAGAUGAUGAUCAGGAAGACGAUCGGGAAGAAGAAGAAGAUGAUAAUGAAGACAAGACUACUACUGAGCAUCUCAAAAGCAUUCCAACACCUCAAAAGAUGGACACAAACUAUGGCCUUUACUAUUGCUCUAGAUGCAAUUUCGCUGGCCACCUCGAUUGUGCUACUGGUGAGGGAAACAUUGAGGACAUAAAUUUGCUGGAACUUAAAAAGGAGGAGUCCGUCAAGUCAAAAGCUAUGCUAGAAAAUGUAGAUUCAAAGCUAGAUCAAUUUGUUGACUCAAAAAUUUGCAAAGUCAUAAAAACCACUAUGGGGGAGGACGGAACUGAAAUUGCCACGGAAAUCAAACACUUUAGCCAUAAGCAUGACUUAAAGCUUACUGAUGUGGUUCCAAAUAACAAAAUUUGCAACGGUUUGAUCUUAAACACCCUUGGUCAUGCCUGUCAUGAGCAUCCUCUUUACCUCUCCGUCACAAACAAUGGACAAAAGUGUAGUAUAUGUGGUUUUGAACAAUACCGAGUAUUCCAUUGUACCACUUGUGAAUUUGUCCUAGACUUCAAAUGUGCUACACUACCACAAACUGCAUGGUACAACCAACAUGAGCAUCCCUUCACUCUCCGUUAUACUCCUGAAGAUGACUACGAUGAAUAUUGCUGUGAUAUUUGUGAAGAAGAACGAGAUUCCAAGCAAUGGUUCUACUAUUGUGAAGAUUGCAGUUAUCUUGCUCAUUCCAAUUGUAUUAUUGGGGAAGCACCAAAUUACAAGGAACACAUAUAA